CAAAUAUAAAGACCGUUUGAAAUUUUUGUCUCAUCAGGUUGUUUUGUGAAUAUGGUAUGGUAGGAUUAAGAUGCUGGAAAUUGUGUUAAAAUUCUUCGCAGACGCGCGAUAGAUCGAGCGCCCACACCCACGCAAGCUUAAACAUUGAGAGCAAAACAUGUGAUGGAUAUAGUCGAAAUAAAAGGGGUUAAUCCAAAGAUGCUGGCAGGGAGCGCCAGCAGCAUAACCAAUACGACCGCCGAUCCCCAGAAAACCAACAUGGCGACGGCGGUCGUGGAUGAAACCAAAUUGCGCCGGAAGAAUAACCAAGCUUACUGCGAGUUUGACAUCGUGGCCGCUUACCACGCGCGCAAGAAGCAGCGAUCCAGCAAGAACAAACACGUUAAUAAGGAUCAACACUCCAAGGAUCAUUCGAAAGCCAAAAAGGGGGAGAAGGUAGAAAAGUCUGAGUUGAGUAAAAAGAUUGAUGAUCUCACGGCACGUAAUGAGAAAAUUAAGCAGAUGUUGGAUGAUGUUAAUAAACAAGAUCAGGAACUUUCAGAAAACAUUAAAACUGAAAAGAGACAUCGUCGUGAACAUAAAAGUCGGAGAUCCACGCGAUGUUGUCCGGGACAAGAGAAACAUUCAAUUAUUAGUGAUAAAAUUGAUAAAUCUAAACAUAGUAGAGAAAAGAACGAUUCACGACUGCGGGAAACAAGUGAAACACAAGAACUUUCUUCAGCUAAACACCGUAGUCGACGAGAACAUAGCGAAGGGGUCUCAAGUCGUACUCCAAAAAUUACAGUAAGACUCAGAAACAACAAUAAUAAAGAAUCAAAACGUACUGAAAAUAAAGAGGAGAUUAAUAUAAAUGUCCCCGAAUCUAAAUCACAAUUACUCACAGUGACUAACUAUCAGCAGAAACAGAAAUCUUUAGAUCGGAAAACAAAAGAAAAACAAAUCAAAGAAAACAAAAAUGAUAUUAUUACAGUUUACGAAAAUACUAAUAUCUUAGAAGAAACUGAUUCGAUAAUGUCAAGGGACACCUUAUUAAAGAGUAAAACUCACAUUAGAAACACAAGUUUCUCACCCGAAGAUAGUAGAAGGCAUAACGCAGCCGCCAUUUUGGAAUGUCACACGCCUAAUCCACAAAAAAUUAUUGAACCACAAGAGCAGGAAGCAAAAAAGGUUACAACUGCAUUUCAACCUAAAAUAAAAGAUGUACCAGUUGUAGAACCAGAACCUCCAAGGGAGAUUUCCCCGAUAAGAACCAUCACUCCAAGAAAAGAGUUGUCAUUCUCAAAUUUAAAUUUGACACCAAAUAUUUACCAAUAUGUGAGUCCAGCAAGAAUGGCCAUGACACAAACAUCAGUUUCACGAAUUGAGUCACCUGGUUAUGGCUCCAUUGGAAUAGGAGUACAUUCUUCAUAUUUUGAUGAUCAUAAAAGACCUGGUACAUAUAGUAAUUAUUCUAAGCGUUAUGGUGGAGGUGGUAGUCCAGAUGUCCUUUCACAAACAACUAUAGCUCUGCGUGAUAUAAUGCAGGUCCAGGAGAUGGAACAAAAAUUGCAUAAACAACAAACCAAUUCAAUCAAGAGUAAAUUUUUGGAGAAUACCUCAUACCAAGCUGAUGGUAUCAGAAGAGGCAAGUCCCCAACAAAGGGAGCAAUUUCGAAAAACUCAAGGUUUCAUAAGACUCGAGGUGAUCCCACUGAUAGAAUGGUAGAAAUAGCUUCCAAGACAUGUCACAAUCAAAAAGUCACUUUCACUGUAGAAGGGACAGAACCACCCAGACGAGUACGACAGAAUCUUGAAAGUAACAAUACACUAAAAAUAGAAAACGUAUUUAAUCUACAAGUAUUUCCGGGACUUACCAUUACUAAUAGUGAUUUGAAAGAAAGUGAUUUGAUGCUUUUAAGCCAUGGUAUGGAGAAGUCUAAGAGUAUAUGUCAUGGUAGAAGGGAUAAUAAUGAAUCAUUAAGGACAUUUGAUGGUUCAGGUAGUCUGUAUCCCUACAUGGGUCUUAACAAUACAAUCAGUGAGUUUAGACACAAAGAAUCAAGUGAAAUAAGUUACAAAUUCAAGAAAAAGUCUUGGUCUAAUAAGGAGCUACCUAAAAAGAAGUUAAAAGAUAGAAGGAAACGCGAGAAGAAGUCAAAGGUCACAAAACAAGACAUGGCCAUACAAACAGGGUUAGAUGACCUUGAAGAAGAAUUAAACAUAAGAUCCGAACGAGAAAUUGGUGUUUCUACUGAUUGUAACUUUUGUCCUGAUCAAAGCGUUACAACUUAUAAAGAUAUUCAAGUUCAAGCUGCAAUCCCGCAACUUAAUAACAUUGCUUCAAGUGUACAAGCGAAUCAAACUGGCAGGAUCUCGCAAAGUGAGAGUAACAUAACCAUAUUUAAAGAGAAGUUCCAAAAGAAAACAGAUUUUACGGCUUAUAAAGAAGCUAAGAGUAUUGCAAAACAGAAACAGAAACCUAUAACUAAAACUAGGUGUGACAUGACUCAUGCUCAUCAAGAUGAAAUGAUUCUAAACAGGAAUAAGCAAGAGAUUUACACAUCAGGUGGUGAAAACUUUUCGACUUCUCCUUAUGAAGUAACACAGAGAGAAUCGCCAAGGAAACAUAGACCACAUCAGAAGCAUCGGAAUUGUUCAUAUGCACGUGUUCCUACACCGCAUCCAUCUUGUCAUCCUGUGAUGUCAACAGGAUCUAUUAGAGAAGUGCAUCAUCACACUAAAAAGACAAGGUCGAAGAGUUUAAGUCAUGAAAGAGAUUCUCUAGCUGAGAAAAUCAAUAUUAAUAAGGAGACUAUCAGACAUCAUAAUAAAGAGAUUGCUGCAUUGGAGAAGUGCCUAAAUGAGAUUUUACACAGAUUGGGACAGGAUGAUUCUGUAAGUAAGGAAAUUGCAAUUAAAAAUGAAAAGAAAAUGUUAAAUGAUGAAAUAUCGAAUGAUUCUAAAAGUGAAUUAGUGUCAUAUGAUGUUUCUAAUGUUUCUAAUAACUCAAAUCCACCUAAAGUUUUAAAUAGACAACGUACCUAUAUAAAGGAUCAUAAAUCUAAAGAUACCAAACCUAAAAGAAAGAAAUCAAAAGCAUCAAAGUCCUCAUUUCAACGUAGAAAAAUAUAUUCUGAUUCCCUCAAAAAGAGACACCAAAGAUAUAAAGAGAAACCUGCGAAAACAACACGAAAACCAAAUGUUAAAAAUGCGUUAUCUCCGACGAAAGUUAGGAGUGUUUAUAAGAACCCUAAAGGUUUCAUUUCGAGUGCUACAAGUAUGAGUAGUAAACUUUCUGAUAUUGGCAGCACAAGUCCAUAUCCACAGAGUAUCCCUUCGUUAAAUAUUAACAGAAAUGAUGAAGCAUAUAAUCCAAGAGUAUAUCAUCAAAGUCAUCCACAAAAUCAACAUCAAGAUCAUCAUCAUCACGGGAUUGUUAAACCAAAACACAAAUUGCAAUCAAAAGUUAGUCAAGCCCAUUAUAGCAAGAAGAAAACCAAAUCUAUUUAUGAUAUGCUUCUACACUAUAUUCACUUAACCAAAGAUGUUAAAGAUGGUAAAGAUAAGAAUGACUUAAGUCAAGAUAAAUCUUUAUCUGAAUUGAGUUCUGAAGAAUCUAAAAUUGUGAUUUUAUCAGUUUCUUCAUUAAAACUACGAAAUAAUCCUGAUAAACAAAUUGAACAUAAUAAGAAUCAAAAGAGUUUUAAAAAGCAUAGAAAAAGAGUUGUUGAAGACCCAUCAGAUUCUGAAAGUCCAGGACCUAGUAAUAAACCAUUCUUCAUAGCAAACAAUAACAAAACUAAAGUACAAACUCCAAAGAAGGUUGUUCCCAAGUUAACUAUUACAAGUGAAGAUAGUUUAGAAUAUGACACGUCACGUGCACCUGAUUUAUGUCCGUUGACGGCCAUCUUUAAUUUUGAACCUCCUAAAAGAAAUUACUUGGUGUAUAACACCGAAGUUAUCACUCACAAUAAACCUAAAAUUGACGUUAAAACAUCACCGCAACCUUCAACGUCUACAUCUGAGAAUACAAAAGUUGAAGAAUCUGAAAAACCUAAAACUUCAACGAGUGCUAAACUAAUGACAAUUCAAGAAGAAAAAAUUGCUUCUCCGAAACGUAGAAGAUCUACUAUUAGCAGAACAUCUUUAACUAAAGUAUCAGAAGAAAGAGAAAAACCAGAAAUUGGUGUUGCUGAUCUGAGUCCUGUACUUGUACGAAGAGGAACUGCAUAUCCGUCAUAUGGAGAUGUAAUGAAAAGUUUAGAAAACAUGACUUUACCUGAUAACAAACCUCAACCUAAGUUGACUUCUUUCAAUUGCAAUGACAGAGAAUGCAGUAAUUUGAUAUUUAACUACACCUCAAAGAAGGAUCCUAAAGAUUUUAGACAAAUGGAUAAACAAAGUUCAAAAGAUAGUAAUUCUAGAGGAGCUUCCUUUAGUUGUGAACGCCAUGAAUCAAGCGCAUAUCACACUUUGACAACCCUCAUGGAUUCUAAGUCUGAAAGAAGUUUUCCUACUCCUUCUGAAAGUGACGUCGCAAUUAAAAAUGAAAGUGGUUAUGAAAGCUCAAAGAAAUCCAACACUUUCAAAAACUUUUUCAAGAAAAAGACUUUGUUCGAAGUGUUUAAGAAUAAGAUCAAAGCAAAGAAGUAUUUUGAUACAGAUACAAGUGUUUCAGAAAGUUUGGCCGGAAUUGAUACAAGAUCCCCUGCUUGUAUUAUAUCUGAAGAAUCUAUAGCAAGAUCAGAAAACUUCUCUAAUAGAGGUGUAAAAGAAGAGUUGUAUCCUGAUGAGGAAUUUGACCAGGAAGAAAAGUCCCCGUACUCUCAGAGUAAAACAGUUCUCUGGUUCAACUUUAGAAAGAAGAUGCGUGAGGCAGGACAACCUUGUGAUCCCUGGUGUAUCAAUAAACAAAAUGCAUCUGAUCAAACAGAAGUACCAUUGGCUUGCCACAAGACCUGCCAACAAUCUUUCAAGUGUAUGCCUGCAAGUCCAAAGAAUAAAGAUGAAUGCCCGUGUAUGCAACCUUAUGAACAACAGAGGGAACAAUGCAAAAAGUACGCUAGUAAAGUCCUCAUGGAAGCCGCCAAACGACAGAAAGGUUACCGCAAGCAAUAUGAGGAUUUCAAAGAGAUGCCUUUAGAUGUCCUAAUGGGCAAUAAAAAGUGUGCGUGCAAACCAUUAGUUCAGGGUUGUCCUAAAUCCUACGCCAAUAAAGUAGCUGCCAUGCAAGCAAAGAGUUCACAAAGAGAUAAACCAAUUCAAGUCACCAAAUCACCACGUAAGAAAACCCCGCCUGUGAUAACUGCUCCUGGUUCUCCAAAAGGAAAACCCGACAAAAGUGAAUCAGACGUGAUUUUGCCCAGAAAAAGUGCAGGCGUUAUACGCAUAUCAUCCAAUGGGAGUGUGGAGACUGUCGAACUGGAAACAAGUGUAGAAACCCAUAGUGAGGACCAAACAGUGCGUUCAUCAGAGGAAGUAAGUUCCAAAAUAAGGUCCUAUACGGAUCAUGAGAUUUUCGAUCGAUUGUUGAGUCAAUAUGAGCGAAAAGACGCCAUCGCGGGCCGUCUCUCCCAUGACGAGCUCUUUCACCAGGACCAGAUGCUGGCAGCUAACUCGGGUGUGGUUCCUGACCUCCAGGUACAGCCGCGCCCGGAACGCAGUGAAGAGGAACGAAUGCGUGGUCCGAGGUUCAGCGACCGACCUAAACCACUAGUUCACAUCACCACCGACACCACCGUACGACCAGAUGAUAUUGGUACUUGCUUCGCGCGUGGGUUCCGUCCCGAUAAUCUCAUGCUUUCUGGAGAUGCUUGUUUCCACAUCAACAAACAGGACAAGAUUAAGAUGUCUCCGUAUAUGCUGAAAAACACUGAAAGUAUCAUAGACUUUUCAGAACGGGAGACACCUUUGGAUUUUCUAUUAGCCCUGGGCUUCAUGGUGGAUGAAGCUAGUAAUGCGUUGAAGGACGACGAUAUUCGGAGUCGUUUGUUAGCUGCCAUUACUGAGGCCAGGGUAUGGAUCAAUAAGAUCACCACCACUCAAGGUACACUGCUGUAUUUGGUCGCUUAUAAAUCGCGCCCGGAGACAAUGCGAUACUUUCUGCAGUUGGUCGAAGCGAUUAUUAACAAACGAAUCAACAAUGCGAUUCGUCUUGAUGGGUUUCUCCGGGUUUUGGAAGAUGUGGAAGCUGGGCGUGUACAGAUGAUCAAUAUUCUCGGAGAGGAUAAGUUUGAAGAUGAAGAAAACGAAGAAAAGAUCGUCAAGAAGCAAUUGAAGACUCUCUUCGUCAAUGUGUAUACAGUUGCUGAAAAGGAAGCGUCCGUGAGUGGUCGUACCUUAUCAGCAAACCAAGUGAGUCUGCUUCGUAUCCUUGUUGCGAAAUAUCGCGCUGGUUUACAUCCGCAUUUGGAGCUUAUCGCUCGUUACAUUGGCCAAGGUCUGCUUGAAAAUGAAAUACAACUCGAAGCCGCCAUGAUCUUCCUUUCACGUCUCGAUACAUCCGAAGUGAAACUGAAGGAAUUCGAAAACUAUUGUGGCAUCACGUGUCAAUUGCAAGACACUUAACAGUAUUACUACCCCCCUUUCAUUAAAAUGUUUUUCAUUGUU